UUGGCGGGUCAAGGCCAGGUCAGAGAAGUUUUGCAACAAGAUCUGUAGACCAAUAAACAGAUAAACACCUGUCUAUAGAUGAAAACAGAUCUUGUGUGACCUGGCUGCGACAGAUGAAAGUGAGAUAGAUAUCUAUACAGGAUGGGAUAUAUCUGGCACACACAUGUGUCCCUUCUCAUCUUAUUAGUAGUCACAUCAUCUCCUUCCCAAGUAAACAGUGAUUCAACAUUCAAUGAUCGGUUCGAGUAUAGUCAAAUACUGUCACGAGUGGCCGCCGCCCAUCUGGCGCAGGAAGGUGUGGUCAAAGAACAUAUGGUCAAGAUGGCUGGAUGGGACCAGACAUUGAGUACUGGAAAGGGGACAUUUCUGGACCAGGGAGGUGCCAUACUGGCCUGGGCCAAGAGAAAUGAUACAGUGUCUGAAGGGUGUACUAAUGCAAUUGGUCUUCUAAUGAAUGCCUUGGUGGCUCAGGAACUCUGGGCAGUAGAAUUUCUGGACGCAGUUGGUAAACCAGCAAGUGGAAUACUGCAGUUUGACUUGGUAUGGCCUGGUCAGUAUGACCAGUGUGUCAACAUCUCUGCCAGGGUCAACGACACUGACCACAACAAAAUGGUGGAUGUUAUGGGAAAGUAUUACCGGCUUGAGAUCAGAUUACCUAUGAAACUGCCACCAAUCAUAUUCGUGGAGACGCCACUUUUAGCUAUCUACUUGAAGGACCUUACAUACGGAAUAUGUGUGCCUUCCCAGUGUAGUAAGAGUGAUGUCAUCAGUGUUUCUGCUGCAGCUAAUGCUGCACUGAGUCCAUUCCUACCAGACGCACUAAAGAAUGCAACUAUCCAAGGAAUAGACGCCCCGCACCCAGCAGUGUUUGAAGCCCGCCCGGAGACAAUCGCUGCUCUUGUCCUCGGUUCCAUCCUGGCAUUUUUCCUGGUGAUAGGAACGUUGUAUGACCUCUUGAUCCACCAACCGUCCCUAAAAGAAGAUGCUAGCCUGUCAACAGUAACAGAGCAAAGGUCACAGGUCAAUACUAACCCCCAGGACCUCAACGCGACCCUGAUCAGUUACUCGGACAGCACAGAGUCUGAGCUUCUCAGUGAUGGUAAAGGGAUCAUUACAGUUACCAUCAGACACAAAUUCAGGAGUUAUGCGACCUUGGGGAAGUUCCUGAUGGGGUUUUCCAUGUACACCAAUGGCUACAAGAUACUAGGUACAGAGACGAAUCCAAGUCAGAUCAAGGCGGUCAACGGCAUCCGUGUACUCAGUCUCAGCUGGGUCAUCUUAGGCCACACCUACUAUUUCACUGUGUCCCUGUCCAAAAACCUGGUGGUUGCGACAGAUUGGGCUUCUCGAUGGACAUUCCAGGCCGUCCUCAGUGCCCUCUUCUCUGUUGACUCAUUCUUCCUGCUCAGUGGUAUGUUGGUCUCUUUCCUGACUCUGAAAGAAAUGCAGAAGAAAAACGGCAAGAUAAACUGGCUUAUGUACUACUUUCACCGAUUCUGGAGACUGACACCAGCCUACAUGCUGGUCCUUGUGACAUAUAUUGGCCUGUUCCACUACUGGGGUGAUGGACCCUUCUGGCCACAGCAUGCUCCUGGUUACGACGUCUGUAUCAAAUAUUGGUGGAGAAAUCUACUCUACAUACAGAACUUCUUUCCUGUCACAGAGCAGUGUAUUGGAUGGUCGUGGUACCUGGCCAAUGACAUGCAGUUCUUCAUCAUCACCCCGCUUAUCCUGAUCCCCCUGUACAGGAAGCCGUUAAUUGGGUAUAUCAUCAUUGGUGUACUUAUGAUGGAACAGUUCCUGUUUCGGGGACUCAUCUCUGUGUAUUAUGGAUUCAAGAUGAAUAUUCCAGAUCCACAGCACCAAUUGGAUUGGUUCAAUGAAAUGUACCAGAGACCUUACUCCCGUAUCAGCCCCUACCUGAUAGGUAUCUUAACGGGAUACAUUCUAUGGAAGACAGAUAGAAAGGUUCACAUGUCUAAGCUCACUGUUCUGAUUGGCUGGGCACUGUCCUUGACCUGUGUGACCUCGGUUGUGUAUGGAACACUUGAAGAGAACAAAGGUCACCUCAACUCCCUACAAGUGGAUGGCGUGUACAACGCCAUCUGUAAAACUGUUUGGAGCCUCGGUCUGGCCUGGAUCCUCUUUGCCUGUAACACUGGAUAUGGAGGUAUUGUUACGGAGUUUCUUUCAUCGGGACUGUGGGGACCGUUUGGCAGACUGAACUACUGUGCCUAUUUAGUACAUCCCAUAAUGAUGUAUGCCUACAUCUUGAACCAGCGCUACCCUGUCUACCUCACAGACAUCAACAUGGUAUACAUGUUCCUGGGCCACUGGAUGAUGUCAUAUCUCCUGGCAUUUGUCGCCUCCCUUGCAUUUGAAGCUCCGAUGAUUGGAUUAGAAAAGGUUCUACUACAAAGAGAAAAACGUCAUUGAAUCAUCUGGAGAGAAAAGGUUGGAAAAGCUUUGAAGGAAAACAUUAAGGUGAUGUACUGGUUUCACCGGGCGCCGAUCUAUCACUGAUAGUAACAUAGAAGAUAUGACAAGGAUGUUAAUUGGUUUGUAGGUAUACACUUUAUACAACCUUUAAAUUGUAUCACAAUGUGUUACAUGUAUUUUUUAAUUGGCAAAACAAAUGACUGUGGAACUCUGGGUAGAACAAGAGUGUAUUUUGUUAAUUGUCUCUCGUUUGUGUUAUAUUUUAAUUAACCCACCAUCAUCAGAUGGUAGGCUGUUCAAACUUCCUUUUGUCUGUGGUCCGUCAUCAAUCGAUUGUCCGUCAUUUGUCUAUUGUCUGCCUAUCGUCUGUCCUGAAACAAUUCUUGUUGUUGCUCUUUCUCAAAUUAAAUAUGUAUUCAGCUUAAAAUUGUGAAUAUUUAAUUUUGAGAAUAUUCAAAGAAAUCAGAAGCUGCCAGGCAGUCAUCAUGGCUUUUACCAGUUAAAGUUUGUUGUUGCUUGGUUUCAGAAAGUCCUCAUGAGAUUUCUCUCAAAUUCAUUAGUAGAUUGUUUUUUUAUA